AUGGUGUCAGUCCUUAAGUUGCCUGAUUUUAAAGACGAAUGGGGUAAGACAAGGGCAGCACUCCUCAACGCUUUGGGCAAGUGGGAUGGACUUGACGAUGAAAUUCUUCUCGUCGUUGCUGAGCAGCUAGAUGGCAGAAGCGACAGGAAUUCAAGAUAUUAUAUGGGAGCUUCAAAUAUCAGUAGUACAGCGGCCAUGUUCUUCCACACCCGGCCUCAACCUAAUAAUAAAGUUCUCGGAGCCAUCAGCGAUCAUCUGGAAAACACGGACUGGACAUCCAGAAAAGGAGCUCUCGAAGCAUUUGGAAAUUGGUCGCAGCUUAGCGAUGAAAUUCUUACCAACAUUGCGGCCCACUUGGGUAAUUAUAUUACCUCAGAAACAGCUUUUAAGGUCAUGAUGAAACAAGAAGCACUUCCAUUUACGGUGUUGAAACAAUACAUGCAGUGGAUGUACGAGGCCUCCCUACAGACUAGCUUCAGUGAGCAUAUUUACUGGCUUGCUGACGGAAAGCCUUGUAUAACAAUUGGGGGGAGAAAAGUCUACUGGGUGAAAUCAAGAAACGACGGGGCGGAUCUGGAUGCUGACGACAUCAAGUGGUUGCAAGAAUCCGUGCUCAAAUGGCGACAAGGUCUCAAGAGAAAGCAUUCCAGCUAG